AUGGAUACGUCGUUAUCAUCUCUACCAUCAGCGUCUCCCACAACAUCAACGGUUCCUGUAAAAGAUGAUAAUAUUAACGAGAAGAUAACUCCAGAAACAAUGAUGAUUUCAACAACAAAAACACCAAAUCAUUCCUUUACAGUGGUGUACGAUUAUCAAGCAAAAAACGAAGAUGAACUAACAUUAAAACGCGGUGUUAAACUAGAAGUGUUAUCAAAAGACGCGCAAAUUUCUGGAGGAGAUGGCUGGUGGACUGGGAAAAUAGGUAAUUCGAUCGGUGUUUUCCCAUCGAAUUUUGUCACCGCGGUAACAACACCCGUAACGGCGAUGAUGUCGACACAAGUCCAAGGUGAUGAUAUUAUUGUACCUGAAAUUCAUUUUAAUGAUCUGAUUAUUGGUGAAAUUAUUGGUUCCGGUGGAUUUGGUCAUGUUUAUCAUGGCAAAUAUCAGAAUAUGGAUGUGGCCAUCAAAAUGGCCAAAUCACUGCCAUCUGCAUGCAUCGAAAAGACCACUACUACCACAUCGUCGUCAAAUCCAUCUUCAUCAUCAACAAAAAUGAACUUAAAUAACAAUGAUGAUCUGAAAAAAACUAUUAUCGAAAGUCUAUUACGCGAAGCAAAAUUAUUUUGGCAUUUAAAACAUCGCAAUAUUAUUUCACUGAUGGGUAUUAGUUAUCCCUGUUUGUCCACCAGGAAUUUGUAUUUGAUUAUGGAAUACGCACAUGGAAAUGCAUUAAAUCGGCUAUUACAACUGAAAAAAGCUGGACUGUACCCUAGUGUAUGGAUUGAAUAUGCAAAACAAAUAGCGGCUGGAAUGAAUUAUUUACACGAAGAAGCAUGUGAACAUAUUAUUCAUAGAGAUCUUAAGUCAAGCAAUAUUCUGAUAUCAGAGCCGGUCGACGUACACGAUGACAACGAUUUACUACAUAAAACGCUUAAAAUAACGGAUUUUGGUCUGGCAAGACAAAUUCAACUGCAAACGUCAAACAUGAGCGCAGCUGGAACGUAUGCGUGGAUGUCACCGGAAUGUAUUCGUGCCUCAGAAUAUUCAACAAAAUCAGAUGUCUGGAGUUUUGGAGUUGUCGUGUGGGAAUGUUUAACGGGUGAAAUCCCUUAUCGUGGUUUUGAUCAAUUACAAAUAGCAUUUGGUAUCGCUAUGAAUAAAUACACAUUACCAAUUCCAACAACAUGUCCAGAUAGUUUUGCACAAUUGAUAACUAAUUGUUGGCAAAAAAAAGUAGAUGAUCGACCGUCAUUUUCUAAAAUUCUUGAUCAAUUGAAUAAUAUUGAAGAUGAAACAUCGAGUGCAGAAAUGUCACCGACAAAUGAAUCAUUUCACACAAUGCAACAAGAUUGGCGUAAUGAAAUACACGAAAUGUUUCAAGAAUUAAAAGAAAAAGAGAAGGAAAUUCGUGACCGAGAGUCGUUGAUAUUAAAGAAAGAUAUUGAACAACAUCAUCUACAAAUUGCAUUACAAAAGUGGGAAAAACAACUGCACGAAAGAGAAUUAUUUGUUAUUGAGUGUGAAUUGAGAUUAAUUAUGGGCAAACAACAAGAGCAUAAUCACCAUCCUCAUACACCAAAACCGCAAAAACGUAGUGGGCGAUUUAUGCGUGCAUUAAUUACUUCAACAUUGCAAACAAAUUCAACCCAUUCAUCACAAACAAAUAAAAUAUCUAGUCCAAUAAAUUUUCGUCAUCUUAUAUCUGUUUGCCGUGAUCAAGAUAAGCAUCAUUUCACAACAACUCAAUCUGCAGAUCAUACUGAUAAUUUUACACCAACAUCGAGUACUCCACCAUCGUCUUCUCUGAGUAGUUCUUCUCCAAUAUCAUGUCCAUCAACAACCACAUUACCGUCGACCACACUAUCAUCAUCACCGAAAAAAGCAUUGAAUAAUGGUUCACUGUCACACACACCAAAUAGCACCAUGCCAAACACACCUACUCUCAAUCGUCUAAGAACACUUGCCUCUAGUCGUGAAACUUUGCUUGAGUUUUGUAUUGAGAAUAAUACACCAAAUGUUCAUUUCCCAUUAUUCGAUCAUAUUACAGAUAAUAAAUCAUCUCGUUCAACAACAAAUCCAUCAUCAAUAUCAUCUGCUACGACAACAUUAUUGCGACCAAAAUGGCGUUCAUAUCAUCGUAAAUCUACUUCAUGCUCAUCAUCAACAAUGAAAAAAAAACAACGGAAUAAUUUUGGGUUUUGUAAAACGGAGCCAACAUGGUAUUAUUCGGGUGGUCAUGACAACAGAACGGGACCAACAGCAGCAUCAAUUGAUCUUAAUACGAACAAUAAUAAUAACAAUAAUACAAUAAGUCAUGAACGUUUAAAUGGACUUCAAUUAAAGCCGAUUAGUGUUCCUAUGCAAAGUCGAGUUUUGCGGUAUGAUAAUAAAAGUUCAUCGCCAUCACAUUCAUCGAAUUCAACUACGAGUCAUGAAAAACAUUUAUCACAUGCAUUAUACAAUAUUACUUCAAUGAUUUCUUCGAUAGGUUUUGGUCGACAUUUGCCUCAACCAUUAGUUUUAUCGAAUACAUCUUUUCCGUUACCUCAUCAAAUUUCAUCGACGCCAAAAUAUAUUCGUUCAACUGAAAGAACAACAACACCCAUUAUGUCGAAUUCAUUAUUAUCAACACCCGACUCGCCUAGUCGUGUAAAUUAUGAUGAAAAUAAAAGGACUAGUUUUGACAGACACUGUCUUUCUACUACUGUUGAACUUCAUGAGAGAACAGCAUAUUCGCCACAACGACCGAAUUCACUUAUUUUUCCAUCUCCUGGCCCCGAGGUGUCACUCUGUAUGAAUCCAUCAUUAACACUUUCGUCCCAACAACCAACUGUGACAACAGUACAAUACAGUCAUUCUAAUUCACAAUCAACAGAUAACGAUACAAAACAUUUUUGCAAGCAAAUAUCUUUUUCUUCUAGUCGAUCUUGUUUAACAAAAACUAAUCACUCAAAUACUUCCUCCUCGUCUUCUUUUGAAGAUGAACCAUAUUACUCCGCCAUCUCAACGCCAAUGAUUCAGCCUUUCAGUCAUUUAAUUCAGCAACAACAACAAUUACCUUCUAUAUUAGACAUAGAUACAGAUGAACAAUUAAAAUACAAUACUAAAUUAUUAACAGCACAAAAUAACGGAUGA